CAGAGACUGCCUUUUUUGAAAUUUUUACUUUUGGUCUCAACGGGGAAUCCUUAAAUUUUGUGAUCAGUGUCAUCAAUAAGAUGGUAGAGGGAAGUCUCAAAUUUUCAUCUCUUUUGCACAUUCUUUUUUUACCUAUUGGAUGGACAAUUUCCAGAAGUGUCUGGCCCAACUCAUGUGCACUGAAAUUGUUACAUAAUUUUUUUAAAAAGCAUGUUUGUAAACUCUAAAACUAUUUUGAUGGUUAUUUUAUGAAACUAAAGUUUAGCAUGAAUGAAAGAUAAAAUACUGACAUUUUAGAGGCAUGAUUUUUACUACCUUGUAUAAAUAUAAUAUUGGCAGCAGUCAUUGUGUAGGACUGGACGGGGAAUCAGGAGACCUGGUUUCUAAUCCCUGCUCUGUCACUAACAAGCUGUGUGAUCUUCGGUAAGUCAUUUAAACUCUAUGUCGUUGGCUUUGAUAUUUAUAAAUGAAGGUAGAGAGUAUCUUCCUUUUAGGAUCAUUGUCAGGAUUUAAAAACCGAUAGGAAAAUGUAGUGAAAAAUUCUGUACAUACAGGAUUUUUAAUAGCUUAAUCAUGUGCAGUGAUUGGUGUUUUUAUAGUGUCACAUUCUUACUCAUUCUACCAUUGUUACAGGAGUCACCUAUUGAUAUGAUAAGUAACUGUGUUUUGACAUGGUAUAGCUAUGUGAGAUAGUCAUCUAGUGUACAUGAAUUUGAGUACUAAUAAAAUCAUCUUUCAUUUAAUGUUCCUAAUGUUCACCCUUGCCUUAGUGUUUCUACUGAAGUCAUAUUUGUCAUUUGUUUUCAUAAAUGUUUUUUCAUUAUUUCUCCCAAUUCAGACAGACUCAUUAGGAAGACAUUACAGUAUAAGGCACAUGCACAGUUUGUGCAAAUUAACUGUGCUCAAAAAGUACUUGUACUAUAUGGCUUCACAAUAUAAACUGUCUAGUUUAUCUGGUGCUUAAUUUAAAACAAAACAAAACAAAACAAAAAACAACAGUAAUCUAUUUAAAACCUGAAGAAGAAAUUGGGUGGACCUACUGUGAAGCAGUAUGAUUCAUAAAGAACUUACUUUAAAGAGUAAUACAGAGAUUUUUUUUAAAGGUAACUUUGACCACAAUUCUCAUCUUUGCUGAUUUUAAUAUAAGCCUUCUGUAAUAUGCAACCCAAGUGUAAUUUCAAGUAACAGAAUAUUUUGUCUGUUGACUAGGAUUUGUUAGAUUGCUAUUAUAGUGCUCAGUAGAUCUCCUAGCAAUUACUGUCAUAAGGUCACACUUCAGCCAACACUAUAAAGAAAAUUUCUUGUGUAUAAUCUUAGCAACCAUUAUUCUUUCAUUGUAGAAACUGUCAUAUUGCUUUUAAACAUAACAGAAUUUGUACAAUUAAAUGAAUGGUGUAUUUCCCACUCCCACCUACCCAAAAAAGGAAUCAUCUUGGAAAGCUAUAAACUAGAUUCAGUGAUACUGCCAUUGCUCAAAAAAAAUUUGGCAUUUUAUUUUUGGAUUACCUUCACAGUUAGAGCACAUUUUAAAAAUAUCUGUAAUGGUAAUUAAUAUUCAUCUUUUGAAAUUGGAUUUCAUUUUUAGAAGCUGCUAACAGUUCCUAAACUAAGGCAAGUCAAUAAUAUAGGUAUUUAAGCCACUCUUUGGGAUUAAAAAAAAAUGGAGUGGGGUUAUUUUCAUAUUUUUAUAUAUUUUUUAAUACUGUGUUUUAUAGAAAAUGUCCAAGAAUAUUGUGUGCCAUGGUGCAAAUAUCAGAAUAAUUAGCCUCAUAAGGUGAUUUCUUUGAAGGAGAUAGCAAUCAAUAGAAUAUGUAAGUUCUUAUACAUACAUUAUGAGGUCAGUCACAUUACAUUAUGAUCAUAUGUCUAUAUUCCUUAGCAACUACAAAAGACACGUUACUGUUCUUCUGGUUAUCUCACUUGUCUCUAAUUGUUCCUUGUUAUAUACUUGUGAUAAUUUUAACAGAGGUCGACCUUUUGUGAAUCAGAAACUUAGCAGUAUUUGUUUUCCUUCCCAAUAUCAUACUCCGCUUCACCAUGAAACUUUAUUUUUUCACCCAAUUUUGGAUUGUUAGUAAGUUUUCUGUUGGAUUUUAUCUUUUACUUUGAGUGGUUUGAAGCCAUUGCCAUUUUACUAAGAUAUAUAGAGGCUGCAGUUUUACUGAAUAGGUGAUCUCUUAAUUUUGCAAUGCUGUCUUUUGUCAGCUACUACUUUAUAACUUUCUCCAUAUAAAUUGAUCCUUUGUGUUACAAAUUCAUAUCAUUUCUCUGUUCAGGAUACUUUGCCUAAGAAUGAAUGAUUAUGAUAAUCCCACCUUAUUUUUCUAUACUUAUCUCUUUUUUUCCAGCAUAAAGGCUUUCUUCACACUUUUUUGGUCACACUUACUUACUUAACAUACCAUGUUCUCUCUCAGUGCAACAGUUUGACCUUACCAUUUUUACCUGCCUGAAAUCCUUUUUUCUGUCAUUGUUUUUGUUGAAAUAUAGCCAGCCCUUUAGAAGUCUAUCAGAUCAUAUCUGUUCAAUCAAAUCUUCAGUGAAGCAGUUGCUAUACUGUUCUUCCUGCAUCUUUAUAAUUUUAUCUCUUAUUUUGUACUGUUUUUCUUAAGAUAUGCUUAUAUGUUCUACCCAUGGAUAAUAAUCUGGAGAACAACAGAACCAUUAUUUUUCUAUGAAUUUCUUUCAGCACAAAAUAUAGCAUAAUUCAGAAUAAGUUCAUGCAAUUGUUUCGUAAAUGUUCAGUGAAUUAUUUGUUGAAUAACUAUUCUGCCAUCUUCACUCAGAUAUUUUAUGUGAUUUUUACCUUUAUGAACCAUUUUAUAACACCAAAUAAAUACAGUUUGUACCAUAAAUACAUUGUUUUUGAAAUCUGGUUAUCAUUAUUAUAUUCCUAAUAACUUUAUUUUGUAGAAGCUUAAGUGAAAAUGGUACAUGUUAGAAGACACGAAACAAGGAAAAAUUCUAAAACUCAAGAGCGUGAGCAGAAAUCUCGAGUUGAUUGGAGGCGGACUAAAAGAAGUAGCAUCUCACAGUUAUUUGAUAGUGAUGAAGAGCUUGACAACAACGAAGAGUUUGACAGCGACGAAGAGCUUGACAGUGAUGAAGAGCUUGACAGUGAUGAAGAUCUUGAUGGUAACAAGGGGUUUGAUAGUAAUAAAAAGCUGGAAAAUGAAAGAGAACUUAGAUUAAUUAAUGUUGAAAGUGAUGGUAGUAACUGUGAGCAUCUCGUGAACACUGGCAACAGUUCAACGUAUGAAGAAGAAAAGAACAAAAACAAACAUAGAAAUAUUGACUUACUAGAUCAUGAAAAGCAUUCAAAUCAAGAGGAUGAUGAUCUCAACAAACACCCCGGACAAAUACUAGAAGAGGACUUAGAAGAAGAACAUAUCAAGCGAGGGAAGAGAAAAAGGAUCUCCUCUGUUAUGUAUGACAGUGAUGAGAGUGAUGAUAGUGAUAUCCUAGUUAGAAAAGUAGGUGUUAAGCGUCCACGUAGAGUGGUUGAAGAUGAAUGUUCUUCAGUCGAGAUGGAGCAAAAAAAGCCUGAAAAAACUUUAGCUGCAAGAAAGAGAGAACAACUCCAGAAACUGAAAGAACUCUCAAAACAAAGAUCUCGUCAGAGACGCAAUAGUAGUAGAGAUUUUGAGGACUCUGAAAAGGAAUCCUGCCCAAGCAGUGAUGAAAAUGAUGAUGAGGAGGAGGAAGAUGAUUAUGAAUAUGAUGAAGAUGGAGAUGAUUAUAUUAUUGAUGACUUUGUAGUUCAAGAUGAGGAGGGUGAUGAAGAGAAUAAAAGCCAGCGAGGAGAAAAAUUGACUACAUCACAACUGAAAUUAGUAAAACAGAAUUCUCUUUAUUCUUUUAGUGACCACUAUACUCACUUUGAAAGAGUUGUGAAGGCUCUUCUGAUCAAUGCUUUAGAUGAAUCUUUUCUGGGAACAUUGUAUGAUGGUACCAGACAAAAAUCGUAUGCACAAGAUAUGUUGACAUCUCUCCAUUAUUUGGAUAACCGCUUUGUUCAGCCUCGUCUAGAGAGUUUAGCUUCUAGAAGUCGUUGGAAAGAGCAAUAUAAGGAGCGGGUGGAAAAUUAUUCUAAUGUAAGUAUCCAUUCGAAGAAUCCUGAAAACUGUUCCUGCCAGGCCUGUGGAUUGCAUCGCCAUUGCAAAUACUCGGUGCAUUUAUCAGGAAAGUUGUACAACACCAGGACUAUGGAAACAGAUGACUUCAUGUCACAUGAUAAACAGGUGUUUACUGUUGGCAGAAUUUGUGCUGAGCGUACCAGAAUUUAUCAUAAACUGAAACAUUUUAAGUUCAAACUGUACCAGGAAUGUUGCUCCAUUGCAAAGACAGAAGAAGUUGAAGACGAGCAGGUUAAAGAAACAGUGGAAAGAAUUUUCAGUCAGUCAAAGGAUAGUGGCUGGAUUAAGGAGAACAGUUCUUGUGACCCGAGAGUGAAGAAGCACCUGGUGCCAAUCUGAGGAAAGGAUCUCGGCUGCCAGUUCUAAUACCACCCACAUCCUCUUCUUGAGGACAUGGGCUGAGCAGUGAGCACUGUAACUGAAGAUCAAGGGGAAUGCAGAGGUUUCAGGCCACGGCACUGAUUUUGAUUCCCCCAAAUCCUGUUGAUCACUAAAUUUGAUAUCAGGGAUAAAGUGGGGGUUUUGAAGAGUGCACUGGAUUCCCGAAGAUCUGCUGGCAGCUCAUAAGCUCUGGUCUGCUCACAGAGCUUUUAGAAUUGCUUAUGGUACUUGGAAAGAAUGCUAAUAUGAUUGCAAUCUUCUAAAACAAGUCUAGUUACGUGAAUGUAUGAGAGAAAACAUAUAGUAGAUUUGCAGGCAACUCAGAUCAACAGUAUAUUUAAUCUUAAAAAAAAAAAAAAGGCUGACUUAAGAUCUGUUGCCUGGGUUAUUUUUAUCAUAGGGAAUUUGUAAAAGAGGAAGAUAAAAAAGAAGAAAGCUUAGUGAAUAAACUUAUAAGCAAAGGGAAAGAAAAAGAGAACAAACAACAGGAACUUGUCAGGACAUGUCAUGUUCCGCAGAGGUCUCCCAGUCUGGACAGUGACAUCAGAACUGGUUUCCCUCUGACAAUUAUCCUCCUACCACAAACCCCACCUGGUGAUCUCUCUGCAUCUCCCCCACCCAAUCUGGACCUUUCUGUAGUCUUUCUCUCAUUUUACUCUCCUCAGCUUUUUAUAUUUUACUUUGCUUCGACUUCUCUCCCAGUGCUUUCCUCCCUGUGCUUUUCUAUUUGCUUUAGGGGGGAAUCAUUACUUAUCCAGUAAGUCCCAUCUUCAUUUUCCAUGAUGACGUGAAAUUCUUAGCUGCUUUUAUUGGUGCAUUUAAGGGUUGCCAACCCUCUAGUGGAGGUGAAAAACCUACUGGGACACCAUUUUUUAAAGAAUUGUGUACUAGGUAUAGAAAAAUCACUGUGCACAUACUGUACAUAUUAUGUAAUAAUAGUAUAUAUUAAGAUGAACAUCAAACUUCUUGCAGAGAAAAACUAAAAACACUACUAGAUCAUGUACCUUAGAGAACGAUUAACAGGGUUUCUAACAGCAGGGACCUGGAAUAAGAAAAAAAUAUUCUUAGGAAGAGAAAAGUCAAGUGUUCUAUUAAACUUCAAGAACAACACACAGCAUUGGGCAGUUAUUUCAAGUUCAUGCAUGUUUAGGACAAUGUGCACAUUUUUUUCCACAUGUAAUACCAAAGAGCUUCAUUUUCUUUUUGGGAUCCUUCCUGCUUUAAAAAUACUUGUCUAUGGAUUUUCUCAAAAGAUGUCCUAGAGACCAAAGUUUAGAGCCACUGUAAACCCACAUGCAGCUUUCUGUGCUGUGAUUAAAAUUCAGAAUUUAUCAAGUGCUCUGACAUUUCACAGCAUCACUCCGCCUGCCCCUCAGUGUGAGUGUCCUUGUGUGACACCAUUGCAUGUGCUUGUGACACACAUCUUCUUCUUUGGCUGUAGGCUCAUGGUCAUAGCUACCCUAACCCUUCUGAAUGCCAGGGCUCAGUGCUGCUCCAGUGGCGCCAUCUGUGGCCCUUUUUCCUCUUACUUCCUUAUUAUUAUGUCAACCUAUUAUUUUACCUCAUACAAACUAUCUGGUCCUGGCUUUCCUCCUAGUUUGUUUUAUACACCUUGCUUUUCCCCUUACCUGCUUCUCCCUCCUCCAAGUGUUUCUCUUCCAUUGUCUCAGGAUAUCUCAGCAUUUCUUCCCAAAGACCUGCCAACUGGACUGACUUCAUUCUUUCUGUUCCUUCUCCUAACAGUUGAGCUAGGAUGAUCUGUUUUUAACUUAGGAUGAUGUUAAAGGGUAGGAGCUACUUGAGUGUAAGGAAGGAAAGAGUGAUAAGAAAAUUAAAGUAAAACCAAAACCUAUAAUAAAUGUAAUAAAAAUAAUUGUUUCAUUCUAAAUCAGACUGGAAGAACAUGCUAUCAUAUGCCACUGACAAAAUUUUAACAGGUGUUCUUAUUAAGAAGAAAGUGAAUGUGAUGAUGGGAUUUCCAGAAAAGUUGAAGAUAGGGUUAUUGGGAUGGGGUGGUGAAUAUGUGAACACCAGGAAGUGGAGAAAGUAGGUCAAUAAAAGUAUCAAGUCUCAGUUUUACAAUUGUAUGUAAAUUUUAAAUGUAUUACAUAAAGAUUGUUACAUAAGAAAGAAUUUUAAAUAAUGAUUUGAUAUCCCAUCCCUUCCUGAAACUCCUUAUGCGGGCUCUUCUUCUUUCCCCCUUUAAAACUUCUUUCUUUUUUUUUUUCUUUCGUUUCUUAAACUGAUGUUUCUCAAAUUGUGGCUUUAACUACCUAUGUCAGAAUCACCUAGAAGUUUGUGGAAAUUGUGUAGUUCCUAGCCUCAUGACAGUCCUAUUGAAUGAGAAUCCUUGGGUUAAACACCCAAUAUUUAACAAAUUAGGUGAUUCUUAAACAAAUUGAAGAUUGAGGGCCACUGCUUAAAGGCACAUUGUCACUCAAGGUUCCCUUCUCAGUCUCUAUAUAGCUCUCUGCCUUGACAAACCCAUUCCUUUCUUCAUGUCUAACUGCUGUUUCUGAACAGAAGACCCCAAACUCCUUCUUUUAUGUUCUGACCUCUUUUCUCACACUCAUUUCCACAGUUCCAACUGUUUUAAUCAGUAGGUCCAUGCUGGCAUUCGAAGGGGUUAACAGAAUAAGAUCGAAACUCUCCAGAUUUUCAGUAAAAAAGAAUGAUGGAACCAGAAUCUUUAGGUGGAGAGAAUAACCAGGAAAUACGGACUGCCUUCUGAGUUUCACUUUUCCUUUGAAGAGCUUUCUUUUUUCUUACUAAAGCUGACCCCACCUCACCCCCCUUUAAAUCUCAGAAAUAGCAUACUAUAAUGGUUAAAAGCAUGGAUUU